AUAGUUUGGAGCGCCAGAACACAUGCUUCAGAGCAAGCAUCCAGCCUGCACAAAGAUUAUUAAUCACAUUAAGGUACCUAGCUACAGGAAAUUCAUUUGGAAGUCUCCACUAUGAGUUCAAGGUUGGAAAAUCAACUAUAUCUGGCAUUGUACAUGAAACAUGCCUUGUUUUAUGGAAUGUACUAAAACCAUUGGUCUUCAAAAAGCCUACAAAAGAAGAUUGUUGAAGAUAUCAGAUGAAUUCUGGGAGAGAUGUAAUUUUCCAAACUGUGUGGGAGCCAUCGAUGGCAAGCACAUACGCAUCCUGAGGCCAUUUGAUAGUGGGAGUCAGUUUUUUAAUUAUAAAAAAUAUUUUUCGUUUGUAUUAAUGGCAGUGGUAGAUGCCAAAUAUAAUUUCAUUUAUAUUGAUGUGGGUGCUUAUGGUAGCAGCUCUGAUUCUGGUGUAUUUAAUCAUUCCACAUUUGGGAGAAUGAUAAGGGCGAAUAGUCUGGAUUUACCUAACGAUUCCUCCUUGCCCGGAACAAAUGAGCCAGCCCUCCCAUUUGUUUUUGUAGGGGACGAAGCGUUUGCCCUUGGUAAAAAUCUUCUUCGACCAUUCUCAAGUAGAGCGCUGAGCAAUGAUAAAAGAAUAUUUAAUUAUCGGCUCACUAGGGCACGUCGAGUAGUAGAGUGUGCAUUUGGAAUUCUUGCCAAUAAAUGGAGAAUAUUGCACACCGCCAUCAAUCUCAGUUUGGAGCAUGCUGUCUCUGCUGUCAAAACUGCGUGUGCACUGCACAACUAUGUGCGAGAACGUGAUGGAAUUGAUUAUGAGGAUUCCAUGAUGCAUAACAUGGAGGCGGCACAGUGGAGUUUGACUAGGGGCACUAGCAGUGGGAAAUUGAUUCGAGAUCAAUUUCUUAAUUACUUUCUAUCGCCAGCUGGCGAGUUACCUUGGCAGAUGCAGGCAAUUUAAAACAAAAAAAUGUGGUGUUGU